UCUUUGUUUGGCUGAACAAUGAUGGUGUUGGGUACGGAGUUCUCAAAAAAAUUUGGACAAGUUCUUGUUAUUUACUUCCUUGACUUACGAUCCUCAUUUUUGUUAUUUAUCUCCUCAUUGCUUACGGUCUUCAGGGGUCAUUUUAAUGUCCGGUGCACGUUUACGUGAGCCCAAAUUGAAUAACAUCUGCAUCUGAGCUUCCGGUUUGCUUACAUUUGCAUAUUAAGGCAAUGUACUGAAGUAGGAACAAUUCCUUGAGAGCCACCGACGGCCUGAUUUUAUCAGGAAACCUAAUCUGUGAGAGUCCAACUCCGAAGAAAAGUGAGACCAGUAGAGCACAAGUUUGUUCCUGAGAAGCACUGUAUAAAAUCACACCAUUGUGUUGCUGGCUACUUCGUGCCGACGGCCAUUUUAAAGAACGCAAAUUGAAAACGUCUUAUGUUUUGCUUGAGAACAAGUGACAAAUUUUCCGUCAGUAAUCGUUGUCUUUGAGAUCAGCACAACACCCGAGAAUGUCCUCGACCAGAGACUAUACCCGGGCUGAAAUCAGCGAUACAACAACAAACGUUCCUUUGCUAAGCGAAGAUUCUUGGGAAGAUGGACCCAGCGACCCAGUUUUGCUCAUUAACGACACAGUCGAAGAUCAUCCCUCCGUUCGUUUCUCUGUCUCCUCGGCGGGAAAUGGCUCAAAUUUUAACUCCCCGUGCAAGCUUUCUAAGACCACAGCCCUUGUAGGGAUCAUUGCUGCGCUCAUCGUGAUUUGCAUCGUGUUAUCUGCGUUGCUGUCAAGACAUAAACAAGAGAAGGUCGUGAUACCCUCACACCAGAGUACUGUGUGUGUUACCGAGGGUUGUAUAGACGCAGCUUUUCACAUGUUUCACGCACUAAACCGAUCCGUUAAACCAUGCGACGAUUUUUACGAAUAUGCCUGCGGAGGUUGGUUGCAGAAUCACCCAAUUCCUGAGAGCAAAUCUUUCUGGGGGAUUUAUUCAGCUUUGCAGGAAGACAAUGAAAGGCUUCUACGCCAAUUGCUAGCUACACCAACGAGGUCACCAACCAUGAAGAAGGCCAAGACUUUUUACGAUUCCUGUAUGAACAUGACAUCAAUCAACAAAAUGGGGGCAAAGCCACUGCUUGAUAUAAUUGAUGACCUUGGUGGAUGGAGCAUAACGUCGCCAGAUUGGAACAAAACAAAAUUCGAGUUUGGCAAAACCCUAAAAAUAGUUCAAAGGAAGUAUUCAGUUUCCGCCUUUUUCGGCGUAGAUGUUGAUGCAGAUGAUAAAAAUUCUUCAAAAAACAUUAUUAAGGUUGAUCAAAAUGGACUGGCAUUAUCUCGAACAUACUACCUUAGCAACUUAACUGAUCCGAAACUGGUUGCCUACUUGAAGUAUAUGACUACUAUUGGUGUUUUACUGGGAGGGGAGGAGAAUGAAACAAGAAGGCAGAUGCAAGAGGUUUUAGAGUUUGAAAUUAAAUUGGCAAAGAUUUUUGUGCCUCAUGAAAACAGAAGCCAGAUUGAUGAGAUUUACAACAAAACAAAUAUCAAGAACCUCACAGAGCUUUGUCCGCAGAUCAGCUGGCUUGAUUUCUUCAAGAAUCAUUUCAAAGACAUUACUGUCAUUGAAAAUGAGGAAGAGGUUGUGGUGUAUGCCACACGAUAUCUUGCGGCUUUGUCACCAGUGAUAAAGAAUGCAUCAGACAUGUUGCUGAAUAAUUACUUGGUGUGGCAAGUUGUUCAUUCAUUUGCACCCUUGCUAUCAGAGAAAUUCCGUGAUGCUCAUGAAGAUCUGAUCAAAGUAUUAACAGGCUCCACAAGAUCGGAAGACUUGUGGAAGAAGUGCAUGGCAAACACGGAUGGAGCCAUAGGGAUGGCUUUGGGAAAACUAUUUGUGGAUAAGGUCUUUGAUGAAACCAGCAAACAACAGGCCACUGAGAUGGUUGAUGCUGUGCGUAAUGCAUUUAAGAAAGGUCUUCCAUCUCUUGAGUGGAUGGAUGAAAAGACACGCAAGGCAGCGGAUGACAAGACCCCAAGAAUUAUUUUCAGAACAUGCGCAAUUCCGAUGACUUCCAUCUGUCCAAGAUCCUGCAUAUGCUUCGAAAGCCUGUUGACAAACAUAAGUGGUAUAUGACUCCACAAACUGUAAAUGCUUACUAUAGUCCUUCCAGGAACCAGAUUGUAUUCCCAGCAGGAAUUUUGCAAGCUCCAUAUUAUAACAGGAAAUUCCCAAAGGUCGUCAACUUUGGAGAAAUUGGAGCUGUGGUGGGCCAUGAACUUACUCAUGCCUUUGACAAUUCAGGUCGCAUGUAUGAUAAGUAUGGAAAUUAUGGAACCCUGUGGUGGACUCAAAAAUCUGUGGAACAGUAUGAGAAGAGAAGUGCAUGUAUGAUAGACCAGUAUUCACAAUUUUCUUACUUUAACAAAAAAGUGAAAGGCAAAGUUACCCUGGGAGAAAACAUAGCUGAUAAUGGAGGCUUAAAGUCUGCUUACAAUGCUUAUAAGGAGUGGGAAAAGAAAGAAGGAGUAGAACCCCCCCUUCCUCUCCUAAACAUGACGGCAGAUCAAACAUUCUUCACUGCAUUUGCACAGAGCUGGUGUGCAAACAUAAGAGAGCAGGUUGCGAUUGUCAGGCUUGAUUCUGACUCCCACUCACCUGAUAAAUUCAGGGUCCUGGGUUCACUGUCUAACUCAGAAGAUUUUGCUGCAGCCUUCAAAUGUGAUCUUGGAAGCAAAAUGAACCCUAAGAAAAAAUGUCACAUUUGGUAGAGAAACUAAAUUUUCUUGAACCUACCUCAACCUUUUCACAAUAACGUCAGUAUGCAUAUUCUCCAUACUGUUCUCUAUGCAUUUCUUCAGGUGCUUACAAGGAGAAUUUGUUUGGCAAUCAAAGGCUUCUAUAAUUGGUGAUCAUUUCCUUUAUUUUUGGUGGCCUUUAUAUUUAACUUGGUGGGUGAUAUUGAGGCGAUAUUAGACAAUAGCCACUCUCAAGGAUUAAAGGAUUAACAGAGAAUUUCUUAAAUUGUGGAGUUGCGGUAAAUUCUAUCAACCCUUUAACUCCCAAGAUCUCAUUAGUAAUUCUCCUUACUGUCUGUCAUAUAGUUCUUGUGAUGUUAGUUUGGAGAAUUUGGUAUUAGAUCAACUAACUAUCCCCUGGUUAAUAUUUUUCUUUAUUCUCAUCACUUGUCUGCUUGAUAUUGUAUCAAUAUUGUAAGGAGAAAUUUUGUCUUGGUCACUCAUGGGAGUUAAAGGGUUAAAAAAAGGUUACCAUUUUCUGGCAGACUACCGAUUCCAACCACUCCUUUAACCUUUUUUAUUUAUUCAGUUUCAGUUCAAUUAAAUUUCAUUCAAUUUUCAAUGUUAAUUUCAUUCAAUUUUCAGUGUUAAUUUCAUUUAAUUUUAAGUGUUAAAUACCUUAACCAAGGUUUUUUCAGAAGUCCUGCCAAUGACUUAAAAUGUUGUGAUGAUAACUUAUUGAAAUUAUUCAUAGUAACUACUAGAAGUACUAUUAGAGUUAUUUUCAGUGUGGAAGAAGGUUUGACAUUUGCUCAUUGUCAGAGCAAAGGAAAAUGUAAUUGUAAUUAUAUGUACCAUGUAGGUAGUGUUUAUUUAAUUUUAAAAUACCCAUUUAUGUGGGUAGAGUUUCCCUGGACAUAACCUAAUGUUCACGAGGAUGAUGUGAGAAGGGAAAGGCAUAUUGAUUAUUUUGGUCAAUAAAGGUACAGCUGGCUUGUACAGAAGAGGAGUUUUGGUAAAA